AUGGAUGGACUUUACAUUACCAAGGAGUGCUGCUUAACAGUUAUAAAACUAAUUGUUGGCCUUCUUCUUCUGAUGCCCCAAGGCAUUUCACUGGUUUGCCCUUCUGUUUGCCAGCAUUGUACAAAGACUCUGGUGGAGUGCUGCAAUGUAGCUUUAACUUCCAUUCCUCAGAAUCUUGCAAAAACUACUUCUUCAGUUUAUCUUAGCAGAAAUAAUAUUUCCAGUAUAGUUUCUAAGGAUUUAGAAGGAUUUAAUAGAUUGUCAGUACUUUUUCUCGACAAUAAUAGUCUGAUUUCAUUACAUCCUCAAGCUUUUGCAAGCCUCAUCAACCUGUAUUACCUGCGAUUGAAUAAUAAUCAGAUAAAAACAUUUAGUCUGGGAAUCUUUGAAGGCCUUUCAAAACUUCGAUAUUUGCACCUGCAGCACAAUCAGAUUAUUUCUAUUCCAGGAGGAUUGCUUUCUGAUUUGACUGCCCUUCAAUAUUUGCAACUCGAAGGAAAUUUUCUUAGCUUGCUCAGUAGUGGAAUGUUCACAGGUUUGGUGAAUCUUCGUGCUCUUGAUCUUGCUAACAACAGAAUUUUAUGGAUAUCUAAUUCUUCAUUCAGACAACUCACAAGACUGGAGUUUCUCAAUCUACAGAAUAACUGCUUGGCAUGGAUCCCAUCAAAUGCAUUUGUUCAGCUUAAGGUCCUUAAGAGGCUAAUUUUAUCCAAUAACCCAAUUGAGCUGAUUCAUCCUCUGUCAUUCAGUGGAUUAGAAAAUCUCAAAUAUCUUUAUCUCAAUAAUGCCAAAAUAAAGGCUAUCCCAAAAGAUGGCUUUGUUUCACUGAGCAAUUUAAGGCAUUUAGCUCUAAAUAACAAUUGUAUAACUCAUGUCAAUUCCAAUGCAUUUAAAAUACUGCAUUUAGGAUAUUUGCAGCUAGAUAAUAACAAAAUUUCUUUUAUUGAGUCAGAUGCUUUUGAAGGAAUGGCCAAAACAUUAAAGGUCCUACACUUGGCGAACAACCAUCUUAAAAAUUUAUUUCCUGAGGUCUUGAUGCCACUGGUUUCUCUAGUUCAUUUAAUGGUAAAUGGUAAUCCUUGGGAGUGCACCUGCAACAUUCUCAAUUUGCGGAAUUGGCUAUUGUCAUCUUCACUUCGGUUAAAUAUUCGCUGUCAGAGUCCAUCCCAAUUACAUGGUAAAUCCUUGUAUUCUGCUAGAAUUAAUGAGAUUAAUGAAUGUAAUAUCACCUUGUAUCCUUUGGGGUUAAAUACUGCAAUGAGAUCUGCAGCCACUCGUGCAGUCUUGACUUCAGUAAAAACAGAGAGCCCCAAUUUCAAGCUGGAGCACAGUUCUGUAACUAAGAAAAGCUUUGGAGGGUUGGCACUUGCAGCAAAGCACAAUGAACAGUUUAUAAGCAUGCUUCCAGUGCAGUUGCCGGUUGAAUACACACCUGUAAAUUUCACCACGUUAACAGGUUCAGAUAUGCCGACUAUUUCAAUCAAACCUUUAUCAAUCUGCAAACAAAGUUUAUCAAAUUUGAACCAAACCUUUGAUAUACUGUUGGUCUUUUUCAUCUUGGCAUGUACAGCAGUUUUACUUCUGACGUUUAAAGUUCUUCUUUUACGGCAGAAGGUUAAGGAUUUGGAGGCUGAAGGGAACAAUGUUGUAGAGUACUACAGUGUAUAUCCAUUUGCACGAUAUCAUGUGACAAAUCCGGUGCAAACAAUACUUCCAGAACCCGUGACAAGCCCAGAAGUGGGUCAGGCACCUACAAUGAAGAUAGCAUGUCCUGCUAACCAAGCACAGGUUAUUUUAUUUGAGCAUUCUGUCUUAUGAUUUUGGCCUUUUCAGUCAUGUACAAUGAACUGAAGUUUAACACUUAUAAAGGCAGCAGCUGAUUUUGAAUAACAUCUACAUUUUAUGUUGUGAAUACAUCAUCAAUUUUCCUUUCAGGUUGCUAAAAAUCCCUGCAUAUAGCAAAAUUUUACUGAAGUUUGUCAUCAGUUGUUUCAGAGCGUGGAAACUUCUUUAUUCGUAGCCUUGACAGUGCCAACAAUUUAAGAAAAACGAAUUCCAGACAUAUAUGCUUAACUUUGAGCAAUGACAAUUCAAAUGAUAUUAUGUAUAUAGAUUAAUGAGUGGAAAUAGUGGCCUGCGAUUGAUUUAGUAAAGUAGGCCCCUAUAAUGUCAUGUAAUGCCUG